CGGGUUUUUCCUUGUACCCGGCCCAUCCUUUGUUUUUGGAGUUUAAAAGGAUCGGCCUGCAUCUCUUCCUCCCUCAUUCCCCGCAUCUGAGACCUCGCAUCUUCCUCUGCCACCAUGGCUCCGUUCAAAUCCAGCAUUCCUGAUGUUCCGAUUCCUGUUACCGACACCUACUCGUUCAUCUUUGAGUCAAAACUGCCUGCAACGCUUCCGCCACGUCGGGACCAAAUCGCCCUUAUCGACGCUGCAACCGACCAACGUGUAACAUAUGGAGAGCUCGUGCAUAGAAUACACCGAUUUGCGGCCGGUGUCCGUUACAAAUUGGGACUCAACAAGUGGGAGGUCGUAGGUGUCUUUUCACCCAACCAGGUCGACUACCCGACCGUCGUCUUUGGAGCCUUGAAGGCUGGUUGUACGGUCACACUGGCCAACCCUACUUAUACUGCCGACGAGCUGGCAUACCAAUUGACGGAUGCGGGAGCCAAAAUCCUAAUUACGUGUGCACCAUUGCUUCCUGUUGCUACCGCUGCCGCCGCAAAAGCUGGUAUUGCCGCCGACAAGAUAUUUAUUUUCGGUCGUGAACAGGUGCAAGGCAAAAAGACCAUCUACGAUAUCUUCUCAUGCGAGUACCUUGCCCCGAUCCAGUUCACCAAGGAGGAAUUGUUGAACAAACCCGCCUACCUCUGCUAUUCGAGUGGAACGACGGGAAGGAGUAAAGGUGUAGAAACUACUCACUACAACAUGGUGGCCAAUGUCGCGCAACUCGACGCAUAUUACGUGCACAGCAAUCAAUACCGUCCCAAUGAUGUCUGGACGGGUGUCCUCCCCUUUUAUCAUAUUUAUGGUUUAAACUUGUCCCUCCACACCUGCUUCUAUGCCGGAAUCUCAUUGGUCGUCUUCCAAAAGUUCGACUUGGUGGCCUACCUCGAGGCACUUCAAAAGUACCGUGUAACGUACACCCACAUAGUUCCCCCAAUCAUUCUCGGUUUGGCAAAGCAUCCCAUCGUGGACAAAUACGAUCUUUCGUCCCUGCGGAUGAUACUCUCCGGUGCAGCACCUCUUAGCGGUGAUGUCUCGAGGGCAGCUUCUGCUCGUCUCAAAUGCUCGGUUCUUCAAGGAUAUGGCAUGACAGAAUCGAGCCCUGUCACUCAUGUCGGCGUUGAAGGGAAAACUCCCGAUGGCGCUAUCGGUGUUCUUGUUCCAAAUGUGGAAGCCCGCCUUGUUGACCCUGACACUGGAGAGGAUUGCGCCGUCAACCAGCCUGGUGAACUUUGGGUCCGUGGGCCAAAUAUCAUGAAAGGAUAUCACAACAAUGACGAAGCGACAAGAAACACCAUUGAUGCUGAAGGAUGGCUUCACACUGGUGACAUUGCGUAUGCCGAUAAGAAUGGCUUCUUCUUCAUUGUUGACCGGCUCAAAGAGCUUAUCAAAUACAAAGGGUUCCAGGUCCCUCCAGCCGAACUGGAAGGUUACCUACUAACCCAUCCGGCCAUUGCAGACGCAGCCGUCAUCUCCCGUCCCGAUGAAAGCGCCGGGGAGCUCCCCCGUGCCUAUGUGGUUCUCAAACCAGGAGCGAAGGCAACCGAGCAAGAGGUUCAAAAGUUCAUUGAAGGAAAAGUUGCUCAACACAAGCGAUUGAGGGGAGGGGUUGCCUUUGUGGACGAGAUUCCUAAAGCGGCUAGUGGAAAGAUUUUGCGACGAGUCUUGAGGGAUAUGGACAAGGAGGCUAUGAAGCGGGAGGCUGCCGCUGGCAAGGCGAAGCUGUAGGUGAUGGUGGAACGAAUAAAGGAAAAUAUAUGCCCGGACAGAGUAGUUGUGUUCAGGUCAGUUAGAACAUUGUUCUAUAUAUGUUUUAUUGUAGUAUUUAGUGUAAGCUAGAAGCCUGCACAAAGGUAAAAUAGAUGGACCAUUUGGCAAAUAAAAUGCAGUUGUCUAUUGUCCAAACUA